UUCGCCCACAGCGAGUGAGAUGGUGACACUGCAGGAGGAUGACGGCGCUUGGAUGCUGAGUGAGGCACUUUGUUGUCUCAUCAAUGUACAUCGGUACAGACUGAUAAAGAUGGCAGUGUGCACUGACUUAAAUGUAUGGGCGACUGGGUUGGCGAUUUGCUGGUUGACGCUGGAAUGCCCAAAUGAACGUCUAGUGUGGGAGGUGGUGGUCAACAAGGCCAAAGACUGGCUGGACAAGCAGCUUGGAGGACAGGAGGAGCUGGACAAGUUUCUCAGGGAUGUUCAGGACGCUGCGUUCACUGACGAAGACGACGAAAUCAAGCACAUUAUGUUGAAUGAGAGUGAGGACGAGGUUUCAUCAAUGUCCUGUACACCCGAGACGAGUUCACAAGGCAGUCCACUAUUCCCAGUGAAUACAUUUAGAGACUCCGCUGACAACGUGAUACACGGCAGUUUCAGUCACGAGGACGUCUCCCAUAGAGAAGUCGUCAGUUCUAAAAGUGGCAACCCGGUGUAA